AUGGCUUCUUCACUGUCCAACUUAAAAACACCACUUUACUUUCAGUGUUUCCGAAACCCUUUCUCUUUCCGCUCUAGUUCUCGAUUCAUUCCAUCACUUUCCAAUAAGCCAUGGCUGUUUCAUUCUAGUUUCUCUUCCCUCAAAGCUGCUUCUGGUUCUGCUGACAAUUUCCUCCAAAAGCCUGUUCCUUCUCAAGGGAAAGGAAUUACUCAGGAACAGAGUUCUUGCUAUGAUGAACAAGAGGAGCAAAAUCAUAGUACUCAAGAUGAAGUUAAGUGGAUUGAUUGGGAAGAUCGGAUUUUAGAAGAUACGGUUCCUUUGGUUGGAUUUGUUAGAAUGAUUCUUCAUUCUGGAAUGUAUGAAAACGGAGAUAGAAUAAAUUCAGAGCAUGAGAAAACUAUUGUUGAGAAGUUACUUCAAUAUCAUCCAAAUUCUGACAAAAAGAUUGGUUGUGGAAUCGACUAUAUAACGAUUGGAUAUCAUCCUGAUUAUGAUAGCUCUAGGUGCAUGUUCAUAGUGCGAACAGAUGGAGAGAUGAUUGAUUUUUCAUAUUGGAAAUGCAUAAAGGGUUUGAUCAGAAAGAACUAUCCAUUAUAUGCAGACAGUUUCAUUCUCAGGCACUUCAGAAACCGGAGUCGUGGUUUCUCAAGUUAA